AUGUAUAAAAUAACGCAAGCUUUUUUACCGGCAGCCCUCGCGGCCGCCGUACUCCUCCUCCUCCCCAUCUCUCGUGGCGCCGCCUACGAGCCCAUCCCCGUCGACGCCUCCCAGCUGAACAGCUGGUUUGACCGCCAGAUCGGCGCCUCCGGCCCCCGCUCCUCCUCCGUCGAUCCGCCGCUGGCCGCCGCGGAAGGCAAGGCCACCGUGAUCAGGGUCGCCGAGGGCGGCGGUGGGGACUUCAAGACCGUUACCGACGCCGUCAAGAGCGUGCCUGACGGUAACACGAACCGGGUCGUCAUCUCGAUCGGGCCCGGGAACUACACCGAGAAGGUCACCAUACCCAGGACUAAACCGUACGUCACGCUGUACGGAGACCCCAAGAACCCGCCGGCGCUGGUGUACGGCGGCACGGCGGCGAAGUACGGGACAGUGGACAGCGCCACCCUCAUAGUCUUGUCCGACUUCUUCACCGCCGUGAACCUGAAAGUCGUGAAUUCGGCACCGAGGCCAGACGGCUUGAGAAAAGGGGCUCAGGCGGUGGCACUGAGGAUCAGCGGCAAUGCGGCGGCAUUCUACAACUGUAAAUUCUACGGCUUUCAGGACACGAUUUGCGACGAUAAGGGCAAGCACCUAUUUAAGGACUGCUAUAUCGAGGGCACGGUCGAUUUCAUCUUCGGUAGUGGCACAUCUCUUUACCUGAAUUCGGAAUUACACGUGAUCCCAGGGGACCCGAUGGCGAUGAUCACGGCGCAUGCGAGGUCAAAGGCCGACGAGCCAACCGGCUUCGUGUUUGCCCACUGCAAGGUGACGGGCACUGGCGGGACGGCCUACCUGGGCCGCUCGUGGUUCCCAAGCCCCCGUGUGGUCUACGCCUACUCGGAACUUAGCGACGCUGUUAAUCCCGAGGGAUGGUCCGAUAACCACCAACCGUCAACUGACAGGACGGUGUAUUUUGGAGAGUAUAACAACAAAGGGCCAGGGGCGAGUUUCGAGAAGCGGGUCCCAUUUGCCAAGAAGUUGAGCGAUGGGGAAGCCAAGUCAUUCCUCAGCCUUGCUUACGUGGAGGGUGCUAAGUGGCUGCUGCCACCUCACAAAGCUUGA